AUGGGAAAUUAUCCGGCUCAGAUUGUAUGGAAGCCUGAUAGAAAUAAGCGUCAUCCCGUUCUCUCCACGUCCGAUCGACAAUACCGAGCGCUACUGCGCGAUUUGUCGACUUCCAACGUGGAGUUAGCGACAAGGGUGGAUGUUGAUACGUCAAAAGGAGAAACAGUCCGAGAAGAAAAGAUACCGAAGACGGUGAAAGACGCUCUACGGGUCUUCUUUUUUGAUGCCCAACACCUAGGCCCCCCGUGUGUUGUGGCAUCGCUUUUCUCAAUAGUAGCCUGGCGCGUCAAUUUGAGCACUCCCAUUGGAAUUUUGGACGGAUUUUGUUUUGUCGCGGCCAUUGUUUUCUGGUGGUUUCAAGAGCAUGUCAUGCACGACAAGUUAUUGCAUUCUAAAAUUGACUGGUACGGAAGAAAAGUACACGAAGCUCAUCACAAGAAGCCUUAUUUCCAUAUCUCCAUUGAUCCUGCCCCGCUGAUACUGGGUUGGUUGUUGUGUGCCCAUUUAACUCUAAGUUUCCUGUUGCCAAAGCCUUUGGCGCUAUCAGCGACUUUGGGCUACGCUGGCGCGGGUCUCUUUUACGAAUGGUCUCAUUUCAUAGUCCACACCAAAGUCCGUUUUCGACCAGGCUUUUGGAAACAUAUGAAGAGCCACCAUAUCCGGCAUCAUUGCAUCGACAGUCGGUACUGGCUGGGUUUCAGCGUCCCGGCGAUCGACGAUCUUUUCGGAACUAAUCCGACGGUCCAGCAAAUUCGGAAACAAACUCUCGAUCAGGAUGGCGAUCAGACUAGACUCUGA